AAACGUUCAGACAAAAACAUUCAGCGUCAGGAAAGACGCAUUCUCUCAUCACUGCUGCUCACGCCGAGUCCCUGCACUUACUCUGCAACCAGUUAUGGAGCUGGGAGUGAAGUCCCCCGUAAGGAGCCCCUCCCCCUCCCACCCGCUCUCUCCCACUCGCCUCGCAAAGCUGCCACCCAUUGGCCCGGAUGGCUCCGCCGAGACAUACGCCCCUAGUCCUGCACUCAUGCAGAGCGCCUGCACGGAGUUGAGGGACUCCAUGGCCCACCUCCUGAACGAAGCCCAGAGUGCAGAGACCAGAAUACAGAAGGCGAUAGAGUCAAUGUGGCAAAAGAUGGUGGAGAUGGUGGGAUGUAGGGUCAAGGAGUACGAGCAGCAACUGACAGAGGAGAGAGCAGAGCUGGCCACCACAAAGGAGCAACUCUCCAGAGCACAAGCUCAGGAAGCCUCUCUGGUCCACCAGAAUGCCCGCAUGAGUAUGGAGCUAGUGGCCUCCGAGAAGAGAGAGAGAAAACUAGCGGAACAGGCGUCGGAGUUGGAGAAAAGAAUUUCGGCAGAGACGACUCGUUUUUCUCGAACCAAAGAGGAGUGGAGCGGUCAGAGAGAGAAAGACAAGAGGGAAUUGGAGGCAGUUCAGAAGGAGUUAAACGAGAAAACCAAAGUAUUGCGAGAAUACCAAGAAAAGCUCUCCAAGAUGACAGAGAAAGUGCAGAGACUGACGAAGGGGCUGGUGACAGAGAAGGCCUCGGUAGAACACCUACAGAAGAGUGCCUCUGAGCACAGCAACCAACAGACGGCAGAAAACAGGAAACUCGCCUUGGAAAUCUCAAAACUAAAAGCUCAGCUGAGCUCUAGUAGUGGGGCAGUAUUGUCGGGGAAGGAAGAGCUGAAGAGACUGGCCCAGCAGCUCCAGUCACAGCAGGGGAGAGCCGAGGAGAGUCUGGAGAAACUGAGACUCCAGCACAAACAGACAGUCCAGAAACUCGAGAGCAAAAUUGCUUCACUCGAAGAAGAAAUCGAGGGACUGAAAGCGGAACAUAAAACUGAGAUUGAUGAGCUGUUGAUCAAACUGCGCAAAGCCCUGGCACAUGAAGUAGAUGAUUAUCUGGAUGCCAGAAUCAAGUUCCUUAGACAUCAGAACCAACAAGAGAAGAUAAAAAUCUUAAGAGACACAAAAAGCAAACAGUAGGACUUUCACUUGACACAACACGUUGUACACAUCAAAAAUCAGUUUGUAAACUCUCUGAGACGAUUUUUAGAACAAUUUCUUUGCCAGGUGACUAGAACUAGCUGCCCUGGCCACGUCUUCGUCUCUGUCGGCAGCUUGCUCUCUCUUUGACUGCGGCAUGGGGAGAAGGUGGCCUGGUGUGGGAGGAGGUGAACUGCUGAAAUAAGAAGUCUUCAGGGCCUGUGUCGCCGAGCACCGUUUCGACGGGUCCAACACAAAGCACCAGGUGAGCAAGAGCAAGAGACUGUCGCUUGCCGCCGAGAAAAUCUCCCUGAAGGGGAUCCCGGGCAAGUCUUUGAAGGCGACGUAGUCAGGGAGGCUGGUCACCCGGGCCAAAUUUCCUCUGUGGGUGUCCCACAGAUCUCGAAAAUCUUUGUCAGUUGUCCGAGAUCGGUGUCUCCUGGGAUGAACGGAACACGCAGGAGUAGCUCGGCUAUGAUGCACCCCACGGCCCAAAUGUCCACUCCGGUGCCAUACAGCCGAGCUCCAAACAGCAGCUCGGGGCUGCGGUACCACCGAGUCACCACCUGAUGCGUGAGCAUGCGGUUGGGACUCCCAAACGGUUUGGCGAGUCCGAAAUCAGUGAUCUUGAGGAUGCCGUUUCGAUCCAGGAGGAGAUUGUUGGGUUUGAGGUCGCGAUGGAGGAUCCAGUUGUUGUGCAGGUAUUCCAGCCCCUGCAGUGUCAUGACUGCGUAGGCCUUGACGUGUCCCGGGGUGAGAAGUAUGGACGAGUCUCGUAUUAUCACCUCUAGGUCCGUGUCCAUGAAGUCGAAUAUGAGGCUGAUGUUCGACUUGUGGCCGAGGACGUCGCGGAGCCCGAUGAUGUUGGGGUGGCGGAGUUCUUGAAGGAGUUUGAUCUCUCGCAGGGCCGUCCGGUUGACCCCGUCCCGCAUUUCGUCCCGUCCGCCGAUCUUGAUCUUCUUGACGGCCACGAUCUUAUCCUCGUUCUCCGUGUCCUCGGCCUUGAAGACCGUGGCGAACUGGCCCUCGCCCAGGAACUCCGUCUUUCUGUACCUCUUCGUCAUUAUGUCUCUUCCUCACCGCGGUU